UUAAAAAAGUUAAUAGUAUUUAUCCACUUAUUCAAUUACAUACAUAAACAAUAGUUAGCGUCUAGUUAGAAUUAGUCAGGUCACAAUCGAUAUCGAUAAUCAUAAUAACCUAUAUAAUAAUAAUAAUUGCACAAUCACGCCACAGCUAUGGCGUCCAGAAAGGCGGGAGAAUUUGAGUGUGAUGAGCGAGAUUAUGUAUUGGAGAGAGGGAAAAAGUUUCCCGCUCCGACGACUAGCGCUUUCGUAGGUUUAGUUAAACCUCUGGCCGAUGGCGGCAGAAUCGCCACAAUUACUAUAGUGCAGUAUGUACAGAUAUAAUAUAAAAUUUACUCUAUAUUCAGUUUCGCCUCCAUAUUAAAAAUUAUCCGAAACUUCGAUACCGUUUAUUGUUUGAAAUGUUUCAACGAGUAUAAUCAUUGAAAAUGCUUGUUCAAAUACAAGAAAGAUGUUUGCCAUCAUCGCAUCCUGAGAAGCCUGAUAUCUGUAAUGAUAAUGAACAAACUAUCAAAUUCAAUGAAAUUGUUGAUUUACUAGUUGCGGCUGGAUAUUUUAGAGCAAGAAUUAAAGGAUUAUCAAACUUCGACAAAGUUAUUGGUGGUAUUACUUGGUGUAUUGAAUCAUGUAAUUUUGACGUAAAUGUCAAUUUUUUAUUUCAUGAAAAUCUCUCAAUAGGACAAAAAAUUGCUUUAACGGAAAAAAUUGUCUGUAUGUUAUUAAAAAUGAGCUGUCCUUUUAUAAUAGAACCUCAUCAAGUUCAAGGAUUAGAUUAUAUACAUAUAUUUCCUGUCAUUCAGUGGCUUGUAAAAAAAUCAAUAGAGACAAGAAAAGAAUCCGCUGGUUUUGUACGGCUCUUAUCUCACCGUCAAUUUUAUAAAACUCGUAAUGUGUUAAAUAAAAAAUUUCAUAAUUCAUGUAAUUCUAAAGAGUACAAUGAUUUUAAUAUUAAAAUUAUCAAAAAUAUUUAUGAACCACGAAGACGAUUAAAAAAAGAUUUACCGUUACUGGCUCAAGUUCCGAAAUUGAAAAGCACCAUAUUAGAAUAUGGAACUCUUUUAUUUCCAAGUACGGCGUAUAAAAAUCUAAAUCAUUUUGAAGUAGAUAAUAAUAAAAUCAAAAUUAAAACAAUAUCAACACCAAUUGUUGAAGAUGAAUCUUCAAAAUUAUCGGAAACUAUAGUCUGUAUAGACAAAAAUCAAAUGGGUAGUAUUGUAAGUUCUCAAAUUAAUCAAGAAAUGGAAACUGUUGGACGUAAUUUUACACCAUUAAUCGAUAGAAAGAGUUUGAUACAGGACACUGACAGCGAUGCUAAUUUAUAUGAAGCACUGAUAAAAAAAAAAAUGAGUUGGUUGAACCAAGUACAAAAAGUUAAGCACGAUCAAAGCGAAUUACUUCAAAAAAUUUCCAGGUUAAUUGAAAGAAUAGAAAAGAUUUCUGAAAAUCAAUCUAAAAUAGAAAAUAAUACUUCUCAACUAACAAACUUGAAAAAUUUUGAUAAUAAAAGCGUAAUAGAAAAACUUGAACAGUUGAUUGCAGUUCACAUGAGCUUAAAAGAUCAAGAAACCAAAUUUCGUGAACAAUGCAAAAAAGAUCUAACUUAUCUGCAAAUAAUUUGUGAUACAGUUGAAAAUUCUGCAUCAGUAACAAAACAAAGUCAUUAUAAAGAGUAUGAUGAAUUUAAAUUGUCAAUUAAUAAAAUUAGAUUAACUCUAGCAAAAAAAAAUCGUGCUUGUGUAUUACUAACUCGUCAACUGGAUGAUGUGCCUCGUAGAUUUGAAUUGACGCAGUACCAGCGUCGGUUUAUGGAACUAUACAAUCAAGUUUCAGCAAAACAUAAGGAAACAAAACAGUAUUAUACGUUGUAUAACACAUUAGACGAUAGUAAACUUUAUUUAAAUAAAGAAUUGUCUCUGCUGAAUUCGAUUCAAGAUAAUUACCUAAGAGCUAUUUCAUCAAGUAGAAGAGAACAGUUUUUAAAACAAUUUGAAAUAAUUAUUAAAGAUGUCCAGAAAAAUAAAGAAAAGGUAGAAAAAAAAUGUGUCAAAGAGAAAAAUAGACAGUAUAAUCUUAGUCAACAAUUCGUGGUUUUGAUGGAGCAACAACGAAAAUAUAUAACGGCAGUCCAACAAUUAACUUUUGAAUGUCGCAGAAAUGAAUUUUUACUUGAUCAACUUCGAAUCAUGUAAACUUUUAGAAAAUGAAAAAAUUAUAAUUUGAAAAAUUUAUAUUACAAUAAGGUAUAGAUAAAUCAAAAAUCUUAAAAGUUUGGAAAAUCUAAAAGUCCACUCUCAUAAUCUCAUUUUCCACAAUAAAAUUGAUUAAAAUAAAAUACAAAAAACAACAUAAUAAAAAACAGAAAACUCUGCUAUGGUUUAGUGGCGCCAUAAUUCUGAGGUGAGGAAAAAAAAUACUAUAAUAAAAUGUAUACAUGGAUGUAUAAAUACACAAUCGUAUCUUAGCUUUUUAUAAA